GAGGAAGUAGCUACAACUAGUGUGAGCUAACGUCAGAUUAGUUAGCUAGUAAACUGCUUUCUAUUUCCAUCUCAAAACGGUGUCUCUAACGUAUUUCAACUGUAUGUAAUGGAUGUAUUUUCAUUACAUUAGUUACUGUAACGUUGGGGCUAGUGUUUGUUGACUUAGCUAGUUCAGUAGCUGUAAAAGUGCCUCUGAUUAAACGCGCACGCUAGGCUAGCAUGUGUCAACAUUCCCAGGGCAGUUUGAGCUGCUAGGAGUCUGAGUUGUUGAGGAGGGACUGCUCAGCUGGUUCAGUAUGAAGACCAAUAAGUCAUACAAGCUUGUGCUGCACAAGAAAGGCUUUGGUGGUAGCGAUGAUGAGUUGGUUGUCAACCCAAAAGUUUUCCCUCAAGUCAGUCUAAGGGAUAUAAUCGAGAUCGCACACCCCACAGAUGAAUACAGUCCUCUCCUGCUGCAAGUGAAGAGCCUGAAAGAGGACCUUCAGAAAGAGACGAUCAGUGUGGACCAGACUGUAGCCCAAGCCUUUAAGCUGCGUGCUUACCAGGAUGUCAUUGUUAACAUUGUCGACCCGAAGGAUGUUACACUGGACCUGGUGGAGCUGACGUUCAAGGACCAGUACAUCGGCAGAGGAGACAUGUGGAGACUAAAGAAGAGUCUGGUGAGCACAUGUGCUUAUGUGACGCAGAAAGUGGAGUUUGCAGGAAUCAGAGCCCAGGCCAGUGAACUCUGGGUGAAGGGAGAGAAAGUGACCUGUGGUUACAUCAGUGAAGACACCAGGGUGGUCUUCAGAUCCACAUCUGCAAUGGUGUACAUCUUUAUCCAGAUGAGUUGUGAGAUGUGGGACUUUGACAUCUUUGGGGAUCUCUACUUUGAGAAAGCUGUAAAUUGUUUCCUGUCUGACCUUUUCGCCAAGUGGAAGGAGAAGAACUGCAGUCAUGAGGUGACAGUUGUGCUUUUCUCACGUACAUUGUACAGUGCCAAAACUAUUGAUGAAUUUCCUGAGAUUCUGAGAGGGUCCAUCAGACAGGAUCCAGAGGGACGUUUUUAUGAAGACUUCUACAGGGUCGUGGCUCAGAACGAGAGACGGGAUGAGUGGACAUCCUUACUGGUCACGAUCAAGAAGCUCUUCAUUCAGUAUCCCGUCCUGGUGCGGCUGAAAGAAGCAGAUGGUUUUCCUGCUGGUUACAACUCCACUGCUGCACAAGGAAACUACCUGGAGGCCAUUAACCUUUCAUUCAAUGUGUUUGACAAGCACUACAUAAACCGAAACUUCGACCGCACCGGCCAGAUGUCAGUGGUCAUCACACCCGGGAUGGGAGUGUUUGAAGUCGACCGUCUGCUCAUGAUUCUCACCAAGCAGCGGAUGAUCGACAACGGUAUUGGUGUAGACUUGGUGUGUAUGGGGGAGCAGCCAUUGCACGCAGUUCCGUUAUUCAAGCUGCACAACAGGACGACACCCGGAGACUCUCGCGUGGGCGACGACUACAACCUUCCUCACUGGAUCAACCACAGCUUCUACACCUCCAAAAGUCAGAACUCUUGUAGCUCCUUUACACCUCGAAUCAAGCUGGCCGGUCACAAGCUCCAUGCUGAGAAAUUCAAGAGCAGCAAGGACCACACUCUCUGUGCUCCAAAGGACUCUGAAAACAGCCUGCCCAUUCAGGUGGACUACGACGCCUAUGAUGCUCAGGUGUUCAGACUGCCUGGGCCUUCACGCAUUCAGAGGAGCACCACCUUCAGGAUGGGUCGAGACAAAGAUACGAGUGGGAGAAAGAGCUGGGGCUCGGUGGACAUCAGUGCAGGCAUAGGCGCGUCCCCGCCUGUUCGCUCUGGAGGUCCGGAGGAACAGCGUAGCCUGGCCUCUGAUGACAGUCUGGGCACUGUGUCCAACAUGCUGCUUAUACCCCGCAUGCCUCCAGCACAGUAUGAAGUCAGCAGCUCCCUGGGAUACACCAGCACCAGAGAGUUGUUGGAGAAGCUGAUGGACCCGCUGCGGGACUCCAGUGCCCCGGGCAGGUUCACGGUGGGAAGUGCUGAGUCCACCCUGCACAUCCGUCCAGGAGGUUACACCCCUCAGAGAGCACUCAUAAACCCCUUCACCCCAUCCAGGAUGCCCAUGAAGCUCACCUCCAACCGGCGCCGCUGGAUGCACACCUUCCCCGUUGGUCCUUCUGGAGAGGCGAUCCAGAUCCAUCACCAGACCAGACAGAACAUGGCGGAACUGCAGGGCAGCCAGCAGAGAGACCCCGCCCACACCUCCGCUGAGCUGCUGGAGCUGGCCUAUCACGAAGCCACUGGAAGGCGAACAGCCUCUAGGCAUGCAGGAGAGAACAGCCUUUACAUUGUUGGAGGGAUGGAAGAGUGUACUGGAAGUCAAGGGAGCAACAACACCAGUGGAACUCUAACCAACCGCAGCUCCACAUUUGAAGACGUUUCCCUAAGUGGUGCCGAUCCAACCCUGCUGCUGUCUGCACCCCCGACAGUGCCCAGCUUCUGCUGCACAGUGGGGGUGGACUGGAAGUCUCUGACCACACCGGCCUGCCUGCCCCUCACCACCGACUACUUCCCCGACCGCCAGGCGCUACAGAACGACUACACCGAAGGCUGCUACGACCUGCUGCCGCACAGUGACCUGGAGAGGCGCGAAGAUGAAGCUCCAGUGAUGAGUGCGUCUCAGGUGUUUGAGGAGUUUAUCUGUCAGAGGUUGAUGCAGGGCUACCAGAUCAUCGUCCAGCCCAAUAACAGGAAACCUCAGCCCGCUGUGGCCACACCGCUUGGCAGCAGUCCUCUUUACUCCAGAGGUUUGGUCUCUCUGCGUCGAGCAGAGGAGGAGGAGACAGUUUAUUGGCUCAGUAUGGGCCGGACCUUCCAUAAAGUUUGCCUCAAAGACAAGAUAAUCACUGUCACUCGCUACCUGCCCAAGUACCCGUGCGAGUCAGCACAGAUCCAGUACAGCUACAGCCUGUGUCCUCCACAUUCUGAUGCUCAGUUUGUGUCCUGCUGGGUGGAGUUUGGCCAUGAGAGACUGGAGGAAUACAAGUGGAACUACCUGGACCAGUACAUCUGCUCUGCUGGCUCAGAGGACUUCAGUUUGAUAGACUCUCUGAAGUUCUGGAGGACUCGCUUCCUCCUGCUGCCCGCCGGAGGAGCUAGGCGGGUGGCAGACGGGGAGGGGCACUGGGAUGUUUAUGGGGAGGGAGCAGGUGCGGGGAUGGGGGGCAGCGGGGACUGGGUCCUGCUGGAUGGCUUCAUCCGCUUCCUGGAGGGUCUCAACCGUAUCCGGCGUCGCCACCGCUCCGAUAGGAUCAUCAGACAGAAGGGCACACCACUGAAAGGACUGCAGGUUACCAGUCCUCUCCCUCAGUAUCCUACCGAGCCUGUGGUGCCCCCACAAGGCAAGAAAGGCACAUCAGCUUUAUCAGCCUUACUGGAGAUGGAGCAAAACCAGAAGACUCUGGAGGAGCAGCAGCAGCGAGGGCCUUAUGUAGACAGUCCCCGCAAGGACGCUGCCUUUAUUUUGGAUUUUAUACGUAGCCCUCGCUCCUCCUACAUCUAUCACUUUCAGUUGCCUGCUGAAGCCAGCGAGGCUGCUGAUAAAGGAGUCCAGCCAGCACUGACGGCUGGAGCAGCAGCAGCAGCACAGCCAGCAGGAGAGACUGCAGCCAGCAGCAGCACCUCAGACACCAGUGGGCAGUCUGCAGCGGGAGCCCUUUCUCUGUCCUCUUCCUCAACCCUCUUGGAGAUCCUGGAGGCCAUCAAACAUCCCACGACAGGUGUACAGCUGCUGCCGGAGCAGAAAGGUCUGCCGCUCAACUGCUUUAUUAGCGCUGAGGUCGUUCAUUGGCUGGUCAACAAUGUGGACGGCGUGGCCACGCAAGGCAUGGCUGUGGAUAUCAUGCAGAAAAUGCUGGAUGAAGGUGUGGUGACCCACGCUUCUGGAGAUGCCAUGCGCACCUUCGUCUACGGAUUCUACUUCUACAGGAUAGUAGACGAGAAGGAUGGCCCGACCUCCCAGCUUCCCGCCGCAGCGGCUGGAGGCUGGUCUACUGCAGCGCUGGAGGACUUUGCUCUGUUCCAGAGGAAGUGGUUCGAGGUGGCCUUUGUGCUGGAGGAGCGGCGACCCUGCGACCUCCCGGCCUUCCUCCUGCCCUGGCUGCCCAGCCGGCCGGCCUCCUACGCAAGUAGGCACAGCUCCUUCAGCCGCAGCUUUGGAGGACGCAGCCAGGCCGCCGCACUGCUAGCUGCUACAGUCCCGGAGCAGAAGACGGUCACUCUGGAUGUGGACGUUAACAACCGCAGUGACCGAACUGAAUGGUGCAGCUGUUACUACCACGGAAACUUCUCCCUCAACGCUGCCUUUGAGAUCAAGUUGCACUGGAUGGCUGUCACUGCUGCAGUGCUCUUUGAGAUGGUUCAAAUGUGGCACCGGAAAGCCGCGUCCUGCGGCUUCCUGUUGGUCCCCGUGCUGGAGGUUCCUUUUGCCCUGACGUCUUACCUGUACGGAGAUCCACUGAGAGCGCAGCUCUUCAUCCCUCUGAACAUCCACUGUCUGCUGAAGAACAGCAGCGACAACCUGUUCGAAGGUUUUGAACCGGAGACGUACUGGGACAGGAUGCAGCUCUUUCAGGAGGCCAUACUGUACAGAUUUGGCUUCGUGCACGACAAGUUUUCUGCUUCUGCUUUUAAUUUCCCGUCUGACAACAAGCCCCAGUACAUCCACGUAACAGGCACCGUGUUCCUGCAGCUGCCGUACUCCAAGAGGAAGUACUCGAGCGGGCAGCAGCGCAGACGCAGGAACUCCACCACCUCCAACAGCCAGGGGCCGUUUGGCGGCGAGGAGCGGGUCGGUUACUACUGGGCCUACAACACCAUGCUGACCAAGGCCUGGAGGACGGGCGUGCUGGGCGACGAGAGGCUCGCCGACCGCCUGCUCAGAGACUUCACAGACUUCUGCGCCAACAAGGACAACCGACUGCUCCACCUGUGGGACAGCUGCCAGGAGAAGAUGAACGCCAGCGCUCCCUGACAGGAAGCCGCAGGACAACGGAACGUAGAUCACGAAAACUUUAUUUAUCAAAGCAAAAAUGUUCAGACUCCGAGUCUGUGCUGCUCCGACUGAGCCCCGAUACCAAUCAACCACUGGUCCCUUUGGAUGUUUACAGCCGGGGCUGGGCGAUAAUUCAAAGUGAUCACUUAUCGUCUUUCAAUGGGAAUCAUAUCGUGUAGAGAUGCACCGAUUACCACUUUCUAGGCCGAUUCCGAUUUCAUUUUUUCUAACCACUUUACAGCACACACAAAUAUUUAUUUUCUAUCUUUUCUUUAAUAGAAUAUUUUGCA